AUGCCCAAAAAAGCACAAAUUCCGAUCAGCAUCCGAAAUUUGAUUGUUGAACAUAACAAAACCGGCAAAAGCUACCGUAAUAUUGCCGAUAUUGUCCAGCUUAAUAAAGAUACGGUUGCUAGUAUUGUUCAGGAGUACAAACAGCGUGGUGCAAUCUCACCAGCUAAGCGAUCUACAGGCCGAAUUGACAGAGCUAUCGUGAAGAAGGCAGAGCUGGACUGGGGACUAUCAGCUCCGAAAAUUGCGAAACAGAUUGAAAGCGAAUUUUCCAUUCAACUGACAUCACAAUCCGUGCGAAAUCGUCUUCAUAAGAAAGGUGUUAAGGGCAGAGUAGCGCUUAAGAAGCCAUGGUUGUCCGCAAAAAAAUAUCAAAAAAAGAUUGAAUUGGGCCUGGGCCUGACUGGAAUAAGGUGA